AUGGCCGAAAUUGUCGGUCUCGUAGCCUCUAUGCCUGGUCUUCUCGAACUCGGCAUCAAAUCAUCUAAAUUAAGGCUGUUCUUGACGCUGGCUACUCCCAGCAAUGUGUUACGAGAAUCAGGUGACAUUACAGCACUUGCCAUGGCAAUGGCAGCUUGGUCGGAUGUCUCUAAAAGCUUAGCCGUUGCUGAAAUGUUGCUCAGAGCGGUUGCAGACGUUGAACUAGCCAAGAGUUUUAGCGCCACUCUUCUUAUCGUCGCGGCAAGCAAUGACAAUUUUGCAGCGAUUGAGAUGCCUGUCUCUGCGGGGGAGGAUCUUGAGACAUUUCGAACCUUGAUGGAGUUUGAGUUGCCUGGACUCAAUCUGGCUGCCAAGGAGGGCGCGAGAUAG